AAAUCAUGGAAAGUGAUAAUUUACGUCGAAUUGUAGUCGACCGUCCCUUUCUGAACGAUCAUGACAUCAUCGAUGUGACGUCACACGAUUCUGAAAUAAUGGACACGAUGAAAAGAAAAGUGAAAAGUCAUUGCAAGUCAAAAGUUGACAACCCUGGAAAAGCAGCGAAAACUUUCUUUCUUAAUUUAUUCCCGUUGUUGGCAUGGUUACCGAAGUAUGACGUCAAAGGGUGGUUGCUAGCUGACGUCAUCAGUGGAGUGACCGUAGGAGUUAUGCAAAUACCUCAAGGUAUGUCAUACGCCUUAUUAGCUGGCCAACACCCAAUAUACGGACUCUACAACGCGUUCUUUCCCGUCUUGUUGUAUUCAAUACUCGGUACUUCACGGCACGUGUCCAUGGGAUCUUUCGCCAUCACCAGCCUUAUGUUGGGAUCAGCUGUUUCAACUUUGGUCCCCGAUCCCCAGUUUACCAACUCCACCACUAACAGCAGCAUGGAGCAAGUAGCGUGGGAAGCCGUCUAUGACGAAAGAAUCAUGUUAGGAACUGCAGGGGGUUUCCUGACGGGGAUUUUUCUCCUUGGUUUAAGUUUAUUGAACCUUGGAUCGAUUGUGAUUUAUCUAUCGGACCCCAUGAUCAGUGGCUUCACGUGUGGUGCGGCCGCCCAUGUGUUCGUGUCGCAACUUAAAGGGUUAUUUGGGGUCAAAGUUGGAAGUUAUUCUGGUCCUCUUAACAUAGUAUGGGUGAUCAGAGAUGUAGUGAUAGCUCUUACAACUUUGGAUGACUUUGGGAAAACACGAACGGCAUCAACCGUUGUAAUUUCAUGUAUAUGCAUCAUAUUUCUGCUAAGUGUAAAAGAAGUGAACGAAAGGUUUAAGAAGAAACUUCCCCUGGGGAUUCCCGUACCAGGAGAAAUUAUUGUGGUGAUUCUUGGCACCGGGAUAUCUUACGCAGUAAAUCUUGAGGAUCGUUACAACGUUAAAAUCAUCGGGGAAAUACCGAGCGGAUUACCCGUCCCGACACCGCCACCUGUUGACAAGUUUUCCACAAUAAUCGGGCACGCAAUUCCAAUCGCAAUUGUCGGGUAUUCUGUCGCUGUUUCAAUCGCGAAAAUAUUUGCAAACAACUUUGGGUAUAAGAUACGACCAAACCAGGAAUUAGUUGCAUUUGGAGCGAGUAACUUGGUUUCUUCUUUCUUCUUCUGUUUCCCUGCAUUCCCAUCAAUGUCUAGGAGUUGUGUGCAGGUUGACAGUGGAGGUAAAACCCAGUUAGUUGGAAUAAUAUCAGCAAUAAUGAUGUUGUUGGUUCUGCUGGUGAUUGGUCCUUUGUUCAGAACCAUUCCUACAGCAUGUCUGGCUGCCAUCAUAGCCGUUGCGAUCAAAGGAAUGUUGAGAAAAGCUCGCGAUUUCAAACCUCAUUGGAGGACAAGUAAAUUAGAUGGAACAGUUUGGAUGGUGACGUGUCUGGGAACCAUCUUCCUUGAUGUGGUAUAUGGCUUAGUGGUUGGCGUUUCAUUCUCUCUACUAUGUGUGGUGUUCCGAACACAGUUUGUGGGAUCACAAGUUUUGUCUCAAUACCAAAAUAGUGAAAUCUACACCAAGUGUUCUUCACAUAAGCAUACAAACUGCACAGCCCCACAAAUAGUGAGAUUCAACGGGCCUUUAUAUUUCGCAAACAAAGAUAAAUUAUUCUGUUCACUAGUUGGCGCUAGUGGUUUGAAUCCAGCAAUAGAAAUCCCAAAGCGAGAGAAUGAAGGGAAAAAGAAAAAAUGUGAAACAAACAAGGCUCUUGAAGUUGAUGAAGCUGGAGAUCAAAGUUGUAACAACCAAGAAAACGAUAAUGAGAUUGAAAUGGAUAAAGCUGAUGAGAAACCAUCUUGUAUUAUUAUCGAUUGUUCUUUAAUGAGUUUUAUCGACAGUGUUGGUUUAAAGUUUUUGAAAAAGGUUGUUGCUGAUUAUAGAAGUCUUGACGUCACAAUUGUAUUUGCUAACCUUUGUUCUGAUGUGAUCUUAACUUUAGAACGAGGAGAAUUUUAUGAAAAGUUUAUGAAUGAUAUUAGUUUUGUGUCAAUUGCUGAUGCUGUUGCAUGGUGGCGAUCAUGGUCUUCUAAACAAAAUGAACAAUUAUCUACAACGAGAUUGUAAAUCAUAAAACAUGUUACCUGCUGGAAUUUAAGGAAAGUUUUAGCAUCCAAAACCAUAGAACUUUUUACCUAUGAAGUUUUGAAAAGAAACUUUGCUGUUUUAAUUUAUUUUUAUUGCACAGCAUAUUUAUGAAAAGACCGAAAGUGUUUUCUUACAACAUCUUUGUUUUUUUUUUUUUUCGGCUGCAUUUUAGAAGUGUUUUAUUAAUAAAAAAACAUUUUUUAUAAAACAGCGUUUCUAUCGUAAAACAUGUUAUUUCUAUAAUAAAGGUGAUUCCCC